CACUCUGGAAGUAGCUACUGUAAGCGCUAUGGUUUUACACAAUGUUACUCCUACAAGGAGAAAGGUCGUUGUUCAUAUUUCCAUAACACAUUUGAUUGGCUAGAAUAUUUCAGGCUUUUACAUGGUGUCAAGAUACAACGAUGGGAUUGGUCAACUGUGUCGCCCCAAACGUUACAUGGUCCUUGUUUUCGCGCGAAAAGUGCACUUUCUCUUCUCCAGCGUGCAUGGUACGGUUCGUCAAGGGAAGACGGAAGAGAUUUUAGAAACUAUUUUAUAUUUCAGUGUUAAUCCAGUGAAAAGAUGGAUCUUGCACAGACGACUCAGGAGAAUGCGGGACAGAUGGUGAAAGACGAGUUAGCAGAGAAAUGCCAGAAGCUUUUCCAGGCUUUCUUAGAAGAGUACCAGACAUCAGACGGUGAGGUGAAGUAUGUCCGUGAUGCUGAGGAGCUGAUCAGGCCUGAGAGAAACACUCUGUUGGUCUCCUUCACUGAUCUGGAAGGAUUUAACCAGGAACUGGCGACCACCAUCCAGGAGGAGUUCUACAGAGUAUAUCCCUUCCUCUGUCGUGCGGUGAGGAGCUUUGCCAGGGAUCACGGGAAUGUCCCUGUCAAUAAGGAGUUCUAUUUGGCCGUCCAGGACCUGCCCACCAGACACAAGAUCCGUGAGCUGUCCUCCUUGCGCAUUGGUUCUCUGGUGCGCAUCAGUGCACAGGUGGUGAGGACACACCCUGUACACCCAGAACUGGUGAGCGGGACGUUCCUUUGUCUGGACUGCCAGGGGGUGUGUCCGGACGUGCCCCAGCAGUUCAAGUAUGCCCCGCCCACCGUCUGCAGGAACCCCGUCUGCAGCAACCGCGCUCGCUUCCACCUCGACACACACCGCUCCAAAUUCAUUGACUUCCAGAAGGUGCGUAUCCAGGAGACCCAGGCAGAGCUGCCCAGAGGGUCCAUCCCCCGCUCCCUAGAGGUGAUUCUGAGGGCUGUACACGCACACGAUAGACAGACACAAUCACACCGCCAUGACACGCACACAGUUCACCCUGACAUGACCCAUUUUCUCCAUCUCUCUCUAGGUGUGCGAGCAGAGACGAGUUCCCGUGUAGGAGGGAGACAGGGUUAUGAGAACGAGGGCCUUCGCGGUCUUAAAGCCCUGGGAGUCAGAGAGCUGUCCUACAGACUGGCCUUCCUCGCCUGCCAUGUGGCUCCUACCAACCCCAGGUUCGGAGGGAAGGAGCUGCGUGAUGAGGAUCAGACGGCAGAGAGCAUCAAGAGCCAGAUGUCAGUUCAGGAGUGGGAGAAGGUGUUCGAGAUGAGCCAAGACAAGAACCUCUACCACAACCUCGGCACCAGCCUCUUCCCCACCAUACACGGUAAUGACGAGGUGAAGCGUGGCAUCCUGCUGAUGUUGUUCGGGGGUGUUCCCAAAACCACCAUGGAGGGAACAUCUCUCAGAGGAGAUGUGAACGUCUGCAUCGUAGGAGACCCCUCGACCGCCAAGAGCCAGUUCCUCAAGCAUGUGGAGGAGUUCAGUCCCAGGGCUGUGUAUACCAGUGGGAAGGCCAGCAGUGCAGCCGUGGUUCGAGACGAGGAGUCACACGAGUUCGUCAUCGAGGCCGGAGCUCUCAUGCUCGCUGACAACGGUGUGUGUUGUAUCGAUGAGUUUGACAAGAUGGAGACCAGAGACCAAGUGGCCAUCCAUGAGGCCAUGGAGCAACAGACCAUCUCCAUCACUAAAGCUGGAGUCAAGGCCACUCUGAAUGCCCGUACGUCCAUCCUGGCGGCUGCUAACCCGGUCGGUGGUCGCUACGACCGCAGCAAGAGUCUGAAACAGAACGUCAACCUGUCCGCUCCCAUCAUGAGCCGCUUUGACCUCUUCUUCAUCCUGGUGGACGACUGCAAUGAGGUGACAGACUAUGCCAUAGCCAGGCGUAUCGUGGAUCUGCACUCUCGCAUUGAGAACUCAGUAGACAGACUCUACUCUCUGGAUGAGAUCAGAAGAUACCUGCUCUUCGCCCGACAGUUCAAACCCAAGAUCUCUGGUGAGUCCGAGGAGUUCAUCGUGGAGCAGUACAAACGGCUGCGUCAGCGCGACGGCUCUGGGGGCGUGGCCAAGUCGGCCUGGCGAAUCACGGUGCGGCAGCUGGAGAGCAUGAUCCGCCUCUCUGAGGGCAUGGCUCGCAUGCACUGCUGCGACGAGGUCCAGCCUAAGCACGUGAAGGAGGCAUUCCGCCUGCUGAAUAAGUCCAUCGUCAGAGUGGAGACGCCUGACGUCAAUCUGGACCAGGACCAGGAGAUGGAGGAGGAGGAGGGCGAGAACGGCCGUGACGUUCCCAACGGAGUGAAUGGCGUAAACGGCCUGGUUAACGAGCACGCUGAUAGAAUGAACGGCCACUCCGACGGAACUAACCGCGGCGCCAACGGAGUCGAAGGACUCACCGACGUUGUGAGCGGCCACUCCGACGGAACUAACCGCGGCGCCAACGGAGUCGAAGGACUCACCGACGUUGUGAGCGGCCACUCUGACAGCGGCCCCAAGCCGCCGCUGCGUCUGACAUUCCCAGAGUACCGCCGCAUCUCCAACCUGCUGGUGCUGCAUCUCCGCAGGGCCGAGGAGGCCGAGGAGGAAGAGGAGUUGAAGAAAAGUGCCCUAAUCAACUGGUAUCUGAAGGAGAUGGAGUCAGAGAUCGACUCGGAAGAGGAACUGAUCCACAAGAAGAGCCUGAUAGAGAAAGUCCUGCACAGACUAGUGCACUACGAUCAUAUCCUGAUAGAGCUGUCUCGGGGAGGGCUGAAAGGGUCAGAGGCGGAGGCACAGGAAGAGGUUCUGGUCGUCAACCCCAACUACACUCUGGAGGACUAAACUCAUCCCCUCCAACUCCCUCCCUAGCACUUUCCCCCUCCUUCUCAAUCGCCUCUUUCUAGAACUUUUACGUUUGGACUCCAAUUCAAGACUCUGUGAAGUUGUUUUUUGUUGAAUGUUGGUCAGUGUAAUUACAUUCUCAACAUUUGUCAUGUUUUAAUUGUAUUGCUGCUUUAUAGAGUUUUUAAACGACUCUACCCUGUUUUAAGCCUUGUAUUUGUAUUGGUGUAGCCAGGUGAAUAAUGUAAAUAUGUUGCUCUGAUUUCUCCAGAGCGUUUACUGGCGUAUGGCUGUUUGUGGGUCUCCUCAGUUAACAUGAUGUUAAUCCUGACUAGCAUGGUUUUACCUCCCAUGUUAAAUGUAUGUGUGAAAGAACACACACAAAUUAAAGUCUACCCUUUUGAUGCA